AUGCAGCGUAAUAAUUUUUCUAACGACCACGAAUGGGUCCAAUUCCAACACUGGAAAUCUCAUGUUCAGAAUUCGCAGUCGAAUCCAUGGUCGUCCAAUGCAACACCACCUCCAGAAACGACCAACGUUCCGGAGACACAAGCAGAAGGAGCAGCAGCAUUUUCGCAAGUGACGAUCAAUGAUUUGUUGUUGAGUGAGGGGAGAACAAGCCUGACAGAGCUCAAUCCUAAGCGCACUGGCGACACAACAUGGUUUAGCUAUGAUCCAAAAAUCACUAAGUCCGUGUUGCAAAUGAUCAAGUCUGAUCUGCCCAUUUUUUGUCCUACGUAUGCUAAACUUCCCGAAGAGACAAAACUACAAUAG